CUUCUUUUGGGAUUGCGGAGGAAUGUCACUCUUCGUACUCUCUAUUAAUAGCAUUGUGGCUCGCAAUAGCUGUCGCAUCACCUUUCAUCCAACCAGCCACAACAACCAAGCCUCAUUUGUCUUCCACUCAACCCUCUCCAAAUUCUAAACACACAGUUACCACAAAGAGUCGUCACUGAUCAACAGAUAGCUUCUAUUCUCUACUCUGCUGUUGGUGUUUAGUUCUCAACAAGUGGCGAGAUAGAGGCAAUUGGACCGAGAUGUGUCAACAACUGAUUGUUGGCUUCAAUGAGUGCUUGGAACGUUUGGUUACCGAGCGCUUUGGCUUGGACUCUUGGCAAUUGGUCCUCAAGACGGCGGGAUUGCCCACGACAGCAUCAGAUGAUGACAAUGAUGCCACUUCCAUGUUUGCUUCGCAUCAGCAGCACCAAGAAGAGCAAAAGCUAAACGAUUCCCUGUCGUCGUUCGAGUCCACAGUGGACUUGGUUGAGGCGGCCUGUCAAGUCAGUGGACACUCCAUAGAUGAAGUGCUGGAAGCAUUGGGAGAGUUCAUUGUGCAUUAUCUCAAAGAAGAAGGGUACGAACAAUGGCUCACUUGUCCGGGAGGAUCCCUCAAGGAUUGGAUGAGCAAUCUCAAUUCCCUUUUGCAGCAUUGGCAGUCUGCAUUUACCGACUUGGCACCCGUCAAGACAACAACAACACAACCAACGGCGCCUCGUUUCUACUGUCAAGAGGACGAGCAAGCCGACGAUGGAUCCCUCAUCUUGCGCUUUUAUGCGGCCACCAGCGCCACGAAUGAUACGGACACUCCAGCAGCCGCCACGGCCGCUCUGCGGGACACCAACUCUGUGGACUUUGGAAAGCUGGCAGCACCCAUUGUCAAGGGGAUUGUAUCGGAGGUUGCGGGGAUCCAGUUUGGGGUGCUCAUUGACAUGAAACCAAUCGAUGAAACGGGGGAGUCAAACUGCUCCAGUUGGUCCGUUUCCACAGUGGAUCCCAAGGAUCAAUGGAAAAUGUUCCGAAACAACAACAACACCAAAAGGCGCUCAUCUUCAACGACAAGAGCAGCAGACCGCAGCAAGAGAUGUUCCGUCACGGGGAUGAAAAUAACCUCCCCCGCCCAAUCCGGUCAUGGCAUUGGCCUCUCCAGCACUGUGACUCGGGAAAUCUUUCCAUUUCAUGUCAUUGUCAAUGACAAGUUUGUCAUUCAGCAAGUGGGCUCUCAACUUGCCGAUGUGCUUCAUGCCACAAACGACAAGGAACUCGUAGGACAAGGCAUUGCCAAAUUCUUUGCCGUAAAGGGUCAUUCCUGGAGUUGGAAACAGCUUUGCCUGGACGACAAUCGGUCCUUUCGGCUGGAAGCCAAGAUAACAACUGCCAAGGCUCCAAGCUUCAAAGCAACAGCGAUUCAAAUCUCUAGCCCUUGCGAUGCGUCACCGUUGGUCAUGUUCCUGUUGACUCCCGAGUUUAUCCAUUUGCAACACCUCCGCGACCAGGGAUGGACACUUCAUGACAUUCCCAAUCACACGCAGCGGGAACUCUUGCUGGCACGAGAACAUCUCAAGCUACUUCAGGAACGACAAGAGUCCAUGGAACAACUCGGACAGUCCCUGGAACGGGAACGCAACUUGCUGGAAACCUUGCUGCCCUUGCAUGCUGCCGAGGGACUCCGUGCCGGGAAAACGGUCGAACCCAUGCUCCACAAGGACGUAACGUUCUUCUUUUCGGAUAUUUGUGGUUUUACCGACAUUUGUCGCGAACUCUAUCCUUGGCAAGUCAUUGAAACGCUCAAUCAACUAUACGGAGUCAUGGACUUUUUGGCGAAGAAGAUGGGCAUUUUCAAAAUUGAAACCAUUGGAGAUGCGUACGUUUGCUGCAGUGGUCUCCCCAAAAAGGAUCCUCAACAUGCCCGCAAUAUUGCCAACUUUGCCAUUGCCGUAAAGCACUGCUGUCGGCAUGUUCUGUCACCUGUGGAUGGCGCACCUAUCCAACUGCGAAUUGGGGUCAACACGGGGCCAGCGGCAAGUGGCGUCGUGGGCACUCUGAAUCCACGAUUCUGUGUCUUUGGGGACACUGUGAACACCACCUCGAGACACGAAUCCUCGGGUCUACCUGGUAUGGUGCACUGUUCCGGUACCACCAAGCAGGAGCUGCAACGACAGUGUCCUGGACUGUUUCAACUAGAUGAACGUGGUCUCGUCGAAAUGAAAGGCAAGGGCCGACUCAAGACGUUCUGGUUAGAUGGCCACGAAAACAACCCUCUUGUCAGCCGCGCUGGUCUGAAAUUGCUCGACAUGGAAGUCAAGGAUCUGCUGUCCAAGACAAACUUCAAAACGAAGAUGGGGCUGGAUGCUCAUCCCAGCUUCAUAGAAUUGCAACAAGAGCGCAGGAAGCGCCGUCAAAGCUUUUUGCCACAACAUGGAAGUUUGAGGAGCUUUGGAAGCAGAAGCUUUGGAAGCGCGAACAGUAUCGGCAGUAGCAUGAGCAGAUGUGGAUCAGCGCUCAGAAAGAUUGGGACCCUGGGCAAGGUUGAAGUUGACGCGAAAGGUGGAGUCAGCGUACCUCUACCACCAACACUCCUUAGGGGUCAAUCCGAUGCAACCGCAAGAUGGCAAAACAGGCGGCGAUCGGCGGCAAAUGCCGAUUGGGACUGUUCAUCGAAUCACUCGUCAAGCUUCUCGUGUGAUAGUAGCCAGCGCACGAAAAAGGCGAGGACUGAGAGCACCGAAAGCCUAUCACUGCUUGAUUUACAAAAGAACCACAACAAUUCAUGCAUGGGCACUGCGACGAUGAAUGCGUCCGCUCGACUUCUGCAGCUCGUCGGGGAUACCGGUAGUGGCAAAGUUGGUGGAAGAAGCGGGAAAAAGAGGCGCAGAUCAAGCAACGUCUUCUUCCACAUUGCCGAAAGGUGCAAGGAGGCGGCGAUGGAAGACAGCAUGUCAAACCUGGGGGAUUCCACAACCGGAACAACUUUUCCUCCAAUCCCAGACUCCAUUUAGACGUCGCGUGUUGUAAAACACUGUACUAUAUAAGGCAAAGUCUAGCUAGCCACGCAACAUAAUCCUUUGCUGUACGCAUGUAAGCCUCAAGACAACAGGGCUGAGUCCGCCAACUAUGGAUCCCUGGGCUGGGCUCUUAUGGUUGCUCCACCUUGGUUGCAGAGGUCUUAAUGCAAGCAGGCAACGGAACACUACCAACAAUGACAUCACAAACUCACCCGAACCACCAAGCCAAAGACUCCUGAAAGUCCAUCUACAUCCAAGGAAGGCAACCAAACAAUGGUUCCUCUCCUUAGAAGUCUUCAUCUUCAUUGAAACUAUCUCACUAUCGUCGCCGCCCUUUGCGUACUCGACGUCCUCGUCUUGGGUUGAUUUGGACUGCGGAUGGUUUUUUAACCAAACUCUUCGGCAAGGCCUCAGCUAGCCGGCGAAUUCUUUCAAUCUCAUUGACCUUAUAACCAUGGACACACCCCGCAUAUUCUGCGAUGCAUUUCAACACCCCAGCAAUGCCGCUGAUACACUGGAUGGGGCACUCCCUAGAAGGAUCCAUUGAUUGCAUGCAUGGGCAUGGAAGCUCGCCAACCAACGCUCGUUCAAGUUAGCAGCUCUGUUGGAAGUUCCCAUGAGGAAUGCUUGAAAGCUGUCAUGGGCUUUCACUACCUCCUGUGACCAAGACAAAAUCUCAUGCCGAUGAUCUGUCCUAUCGCAAACAUUUUGCAGUUGAUUUGCUAAUGUGCUUGUAUCAAACUGGAUGGCUCCAUUUGCCAGGAGCCACCUGCCUAUUGUCAAACGCUUGACCUUCCUUUCAGAAUUGUUCCAACACAAACUCCAGGGACUGAUGCCAUGAGAGUUCUCUGCUAGAACAUCUUCGUUGGCUCCAUUUUCAUACAACCACCGCACAACAGCCAGGUUUCCUUUGAAAAUUGCCGCAUACAUUGGAAACCAAAAUUUUCCACCAGCUCCAGUGGUCGCUCCUCCUUUGUUGUGAAUGUACUGACACAUAGGGAGGUCUCCAUAAAAACAAAAGUGAGUCAUUGGUGCAAUGGAAUGCCACAGCUCCACCUCAGGUGGUCUCAUUGACCGAGAUGGGUCAAUGGCUUCAAUACAAUCAUCUGGAUCAAAUCCUGCCUCCUUCAACUUGCACUUGGCUUUGGCAUCAUCUUCAAUCAAAUCGCACAUCGGUUUGGGGGAGUUCCUUCGGCGGAGUCCAUGGCUGUCGUCGUUUGGCGCCUCCUAAGAAACCAAAUAGUUUGUGGUUGCAGGAAACAAGUUCCAAAAAGCCGGUCGUGCAUCAUCCAAAGAGAAAAGCCGACUGAAAUACCCAAACCUUUUCAAUUAACGGAACCAACUAAUGCCAAAACCAAAGUCCCCAUGUCAAGCCUCCAUCGUCUGUGGGAGCUGGCCUGCUCCAACAUGGUGUUUUGGUAGUUGCUCUGCCUUUGUUGAAGAUGUAACUGCUACAGAUCGCCUCAAAUGAGAUUGCGACCGUACUUCUAACUGGGACCACUAAGCCAGAAUUCCUACCAUGCGGGUGUCACCACGGAAGCAGAGGCUACUGAUCGCCCCAAAUGAGAUCGCAACCAUACUAAUAACUGGAACUACUAAUUCAAAAAUCCUAUCAUGCGUCUGCAUCAUUCACCAUAUCUAUACACUCACACAGACGGAAGACAACGCUGGUGGGUUCUCCCUCAUCGUCAUCGCCACAAACCACAAAGAAAGAUCACUUCAUGUGAACUCGCAAGGGCUAUGAAUGGUCUUUCAAGCAUCUGACCAGCCGACGGAUUCUCCCAAUCUCUUUGGCACUGAAACCGUGGACGGCUCCCACAUAAUCCGCAAUGCUCGUCAACACCCCAUCGACGCCACCAAUAAGGAGGACAGGGCAUCCCCCGGAUGGAUCCAUCAAUUGUUUGCAUGACAGCUCUUCCUUGCCUAUUUUGGUUCCCAUAAGGAAUGCUUGGAAGCUGUCAUGGGCUUUCACAACAUCCUGUGACCAAGACAGUACAUAAGGCCGGUAGUCUUUCAUUCCACUUCUAACUUGUGCUUUCAAGUCAAUUGCCAGUGUGCUCGCUGUCAAUGCAACGGCUCCAUUAGCUAGGAACCACCUGCCAAUUGCCAAGCGCUCCUCUCUGUCGGGAUGAAUCCAGCAGAUGCUCCAGGGGCUGUAGUGGGAUCGAUGGGCCCUUUCCAGAACAUCUGCCUUGGCACCAUUUGUGAACAACCACUUCACAACAGCCAAAUUCCCUCGGUUAACAGCUGCAUACAUGGGGAACCAAAAUGGCUCACCAUCUCUUGUGAUCACUCCGCCAUGAUUGAAGAUGUAACGGCACAUGGGAAGAUCUCCAUGAUAGCAAAAAUAUAUCAUGGGUGUGAUGGAAUGCCAUUCCCCAACAUCUUGGGGUCGCGAGGAAUAUGGUGGAUUAACGGCGGUGACACAGUCGUCUGGGUCGAAUCCUGCUUCAAUCAGUUUGCGCUUUGCUGUAGCAUAAUCUUCGAUUAUUCCCCUACUAGAAUCAAAGUUUACAUCAGAUGGCAUCGGCGGCGGUGCUUGGUUUGUCAUGUUACUCAAAUUGAUCUACUGGCUAGCUAGCUUGAUCUUUGAGUUUUGGGUGCUGGGUGCUGGGUGUGGUGAAAGUACUUGCGAGACGGACACCAGUCGUGGAUCCAACAAAAGACAUGACUGGAUUCCAUAAAAACCUGAACCUUUUACAGGAUGACUUCUUUUACCCCUGACAGGUGUCAAAAUGGAUUCUCGUUUUGGCCAAACCGAAAUCGAAAGCGGUCAUUUCUAACAGAAAUGGUCAUUUUGCGAAUCCUGCAUUGAAAAGACUGGAUCCAAACAAAGUAAAGAUGAAGAAAUAAAAUUGAAUUUUAUCACCAUGACAACGGUGUUGACCAAAUGGCUAUUAGCUUUACCAAUACAUUGAGAUAGCUUAUGCUUUCAAAGGACUAGCUCCCCAACACACUCACAGACACCCCCCUUGAAAAGCAUUAGCUAUCUCCAAGGUUUGUCAUGGAGCAUCAAUGAAAAAUCAGGCUUGGAUUGCAUUUUGUUGUCAUUCUGCCAUGGAUUUCUCCAUGGGAAAGGUGCUCCUGUCCUCACUCU